AUGGCAGGUCGUCUAGCUCGGACAUUACGAUUACACACCUUCCCAGGUCAAGUCCUAUUCCUAUCUACGGUAUCAGUAAUAGGUGGAUGGGGUAUAACUCAACUGGGAGAAGACGAGGAUCGCCAUCGACCUUUUGCUUCACGUCCCUCAAGAAAUAGAGGAAAUUCGAUGCAAGGUGAUUUGGUAGAUGCUAUUCAAUCUGGAUCUGGUAUCUCCGGAAGAGCAGGAGGAAGAGGUGGACCUACAUUGGCGGAUGCGUUGACUGCUGAGAGGGGAGCUAGUCUGUGGUGGAGUUAUGCGAGGGAUAGUAAUUCCAUAACUGAAAGAUUACAAUCGAGGAAUCAGAGAUCAACAAUAUUGGUACCCGUGGAUAAAGCGAUAGUGUCGUUAAAGCAAAAACCUCAUCUGUAUUCUGGAUCCUCGUCCACCUCAUCCUCUUCGAUUAUGGGAUGGGUAACCGGUUCAAACUCGAAUUCGCAUUCGUAUCAGGAUAACACGGAAAAAUUUCUGAAAGCACAUAUAAUCGAAGGUUCACCUCAGCCUGGGAAAGUACAAACUCUCUUAGAUGGAUAUUCGAUCGAGAUCAUCCAGAAUCCAGAUCAGUCAUCGACUAAGAUUAGUAAUCUGAGUGGAAAGGGAUGGAAGAUACAGCCUGGUGAUAUUGAAGUUUUAGGUAUCAAAGAAACGAGUAACGGCAGGAUCAUAUACAUAAACAAAGUACUACCUUAUUAG